ACGGUUAACCCUAUAAUUGGAUGAAUGGAUAUUGUGGCGAGGCAGCAUCUGAUUACGCAUGCAAGACCUCUCUAGAACACAGCGAACAAUAAGGCCCGCCUGUCUGUCAAACUCCCAGAGGGAUAUAUUUACGGAUAUAUUUGUUUUUCAAUGGUUAAAUUCACGCGACCUGACCAAUUCACGAGUGGAGCGCCCCACCUAGUGAAUUUCAAGUGGCUCGAGAAUACAGAUGGAUUCGUUGCAAUGGCAGAGGGGGAGCGAGGACCAGUCGUUGUCAACAAACUGUCGUUUCUGAGUUCGUGGUGGAGCACAUCGCAAUCAAACUAGGACACGAGACUACACGUUGUUAGUCGUGAUACAGCGGAUCUAUAGCAGGUUUCGGUGGUUUGUCAACUAAAGUUCUAACGGAGCAACGACCUCGAGGCUGCAACAGGGCCGGAGAGAAAACACCAGUCCUUAUCAGAGACGCACCCUCUUCUCCUCCGUUUUCCUCUCUUACUGGGUUGACCGCUAGCCGCCAUCAUUCCGUGCUGCAAGGGUGACCCGGCCAUGUCCUCCAACGGAGACCUGAGAGACAUGGGCAGCAGCGACAGCUUCUGGGAGCCGGGUAACUACAAGAGGACAGUGAAGCGCAUCGAUGAUGGCCACCGUCUGUGUAAUGAUCUGGUCAGCUGUUUCCAGGAGAGAGCCAAGAUAGAGAAGAGCUACUCCACACAGCUCAGCGACUGGGCCAGGAAGUGGAGGGGCGUGGUCGAGAAAGGGCCUCAAUACGGGACACUAGAGAAGGCGUGGCACGCCUUCAUGCUGGCUGCUGAUAGGCUGAGCGAGCUGCACCUGGAGCUGAAGGAGCGCCUGGCAGGCGAGGACAGUGAGAAGGUGCGCUGCUGGCAGAAGGAGGCCUUCCACAAGCAGAUGAUCGGGGGCUUCCGUGAGUCCAAGGACGCUGAUGAAGGGUUCCGCAAGGCCCAGAAACCCUGGGUCAGGAAACUGAAGGAGGUGGAGGCGUCCCGGAAGAGCUACCACCAGGCCCGCAAGGAGGAGCGCACCGCCAUUACCAGGGAGACGCACGCAAAGGCGGACACCACCAAGUCUCUGGAGGAAGUACGGAAGUACAGCGAGCGCGUGGAGCGGUGCAGUGAGGAGGCCGAGAAGGCCAAGGAUCGCUAUGAGAAGGCCCUGGAUGAGCUGAACCGGGUGAACCCUCGCUAUAUGGAGGACAUGGAGCAGGUGUUUGACCUCACUCAGGAGGCAGAGAAGAACAGGCUCUGCUUCUUCAAGGAGGUGCUACUGGACAUCCACACACACCUGGACCUCUCCUCCCGCGAUGGGUUUAACGCUCUGUACCGGGACCUUGGCCAGACCAUCAACUCAGCCAAUGACAGCGAGGACCUGAAGUGGUGGAGGAAUACACACGGACCUGGGAUGGGCAUGAACUGGCCCCAGUUUGAUGAGUGGUCCCCGGAGGCGAACUGUUCCAUCGGCAGGAAGGAGAGGAGCAGUUGUGCAGAUGAUGUGGUCACUCUCACCAACAUUGUGUCAUCAGGGAAGGAGGCUCCUCCCACCCCCCAAGAGAACACCAGGGUGACAAAGGACUACUCCUCUGAUUGGUCAGAUGAAGACAGCCCUAAGAAGGGCCUUUCAGCCAACGGGCUGGGUGAAGAGGAGGUGGAGGAAGAGGAAGAGGAGGAGAAGGUAGCGGCCGUGAGAGUCAAAGCACUAUAUGAUUACACUGGCCAGGAGGCUGACGAGCUGAGCUUUAAAGCAGGUGAAGAGUUGAUGAAAUUGGGAGAGGAGGAUGAGCAGGGCUGGUGUAAAGGCCGACUGACCAGUGGAAAGAUGGGCCUCUACCCCGCCAACUACGUCCAGGCUGUGACCUCCUGAUGCCCUGCCAACCCCAUGCCCAUAACCACCCAAACCCUGCCCCUGGACAUUCCGCCAACAACACAGAGGCACCGGGAACGUCCCCAUGGUAACUUGCGUUGCAGAAGUGGUGGAAGCUACUAGACCAGCGAGCUGGAAUACUGAAUUAACUAAACCCCUCCCCCUCAGACUAACCAGAAGACUAGUCACCAGAGGACAGUCACCAUACGACUAGUCAAGAACAAAGUUAAUACUACAGACUACACGUACUGUUUACAAAAAUUGUACUUGUUACAAGAGCCAGACCUAGACCAGAUCCAUCUAGACCAAACCAAGACCCACCCAGUGCCUUACUAAAGAGUUCUGCUGGCUGGUAUGACUGUCAGACAGACCUCCAGUGAGGGGCGAGCAGUGCCUCGGCCCCCCCUAGUGGACCAGUCCUGACAUGACAGACAGCCCAGAGUGAUCAAGGUGGGGCUCUGGUCAAAACUCACCUUUCUUCUCUCUUCAUGUUCAAACUGUCUAUGUACAGUUUGAGUUACUGUUAGUGGUUCUGAAGAGCAGAGAAGCACAUCAGCCAUAAUGUAUAUCUAGUAUGGCCCAGCUGCUCCUCAUCUCUUCAUUUCAAGUUUCUGAAUCCUUAAAAGGCAUUUUAAGGGUAAACUUCAGAUAAUGCUGAUGUAAUUUAGUUCUUCAAACCCAUGUUUGUGAUCUGUGUGUGUUAAGACCAGAUGUUUCCUCUCUGAAUGGUAAGGGGUGUUUUAUGUCGACACACAGACCCUAUCAUCCAGCACUUGAUUCUGCUCAUGGUAGAUUUCUACAUUCAGACUUUUAAUUGCUUUUUAAUUUAUUUUCAACUUUUAAAUCAUUUAAUUCAUGUUUUUUUUUGUCAUGAACUAAUCAGACUAAAGUUGUAAGAAUGAGGAUUUAAGGGAAGUACUGAGAAAAGGGUUAGGGAAGUGUCUGUGGGUGAUGUAGAGGUGUGUGAGAGAGAUAGAGAAAAGUGUGUGUGUGUGUGAGAGAGAGAUGUGUGUUUUGUGUGGUCCUUUAGACCACACUGUCAGACACAAUCAUGUAAUCCAUUGUACUUUGCAGAAUAAACACUUGAAUCAGA